AUGCAGUGGCUCGCUGAUACCAACCAGCUCGGUGAGUUUUAUGCUGAGGUGCGACAUCUACUCGGUACGUCGUCUAUGGCAAAAAUUCCACUGAGUUCAACUAGUGGUGAAGCGCUUUUUAAAAGCAGGGAGGAAAUAAACGAGCGAUGGGCGGAGCAUUUCAACAACCUACUUAACGUUGAUCGUUUUGUUGACCUAGACCAUGUUCGCUGCCUACCUCAGCAACCUUUCGCCCUCGAGCUCGAUGAGCCAGUCUCGCCUGACGAGGUUGCUCUUGCCAUUAAGCAACAGAAAAAUCAACACGCGGUUGUUGUUGAUUUUAUACCGGGUGAAUUAAUGAAGUAUGGCGGUGGAGAUUUGUAUUCGGCAAUAUGGGAACUUUUUGUCAUUAUGUGGGAAAAAGAACAAGUUCCUAAUACUUUUAAGCUGCAUGACCUAAAAUCAAUAAAAACAUUAGAAGAAAUAAGUGGAAAGCCCGAAUUAUUGCCAGAACCCGAUAAUGUAGUUAUGCAAACUAUGCAAAAGGCAAAUGAACUAACGCCUAUGACCAAAACAAAUAUAUUUAUUAAUGAAGAACUUCCUCAAAUUUCCGAAAGUUCUAAAGCAAAAGUUAAGCAAAAACUUUUACAACAUCAUGUCAUGAAAAAUUCCUUAAAGGAAACAUAUCGAGGUGCAGCUGACGGGGUCGGUGGUGUGGUGAAGAGAACCCUUGAUGCAAGAGUUGCAUAUGGUGUUGAUAUAGUUGAUGCUGAAUCUGUAUUUGACAUUUUAUCGAAAACCGUUACGUCUGUGAAAACAUUUUACGUACCAGAAAGUAACAUAGAGAUGAUUCAAAUACCUGAGCCUGAAAGGGUAACACCUAUACCAUCUACAAUGAAAGUUCAUCAAGUCAUUGCAACUGAAUAUGAAAAUAUAAUAAAGUACAGACCAUUAAGUUGCUUCUGCAUGCGAGGCAAUUGUGACUGCUUUGACACUAAAAUGCACAAUUUGAUAAAAAUAAAAAUAGAAAAAAAAUUAAAAAAAAGGAAAAAUAGAUGCAAGAAUUCAAGAAAGAAUCAAGAUUCAUCUACCGAAAAUACGGAUAUGGAGAUUGAAUAUGCAGAGAGUGAUACAUCUGAAUGGAAUGAAAAUGAAAGCUUUGUUAUAUCGUCCUCUGAAGAGAAUGCACAGAAUAUACAAACUGAAUCAGAGUCAAAAAUACAAGAAAACCAGAAGAAAAAGACACGAGAUAAGGAAAUAGUGAAAAAUAAUGGAAAAAACAAAGAAGAACUGAAGAAGAGUAUAUUUAAAGGACCUGUGGAAAAAUAA